CGAUUUGCUCGAUUACCAACUGAUUAAUUAUGAAAAAUAUGCAAAUAUUCGACGUUAUUAACGCGAACAAUUGACCCCGUUGGCAAAAAUUGAAAAACUUAUACUCGCACACGAUGUACAUCAAAUUUCUUUUCGGCCUAAUUGGCUUUUUGAUUGCCGUUAAACUUUACUUUAUACACAGCACUAAAAGAUGCUUAAAUCACGUUUGUUUGGUGGGAAAAACCGUGGUGGUAACCGGCGCGAAUACAGGCAUCGGUUUCCAUUCCGCUUUGGAGUUUGCCAAACGGGGAUCGAAAGUUAUUUUAGCUUGUCGGGAUCGGGAUAAAGCGGAAACGGCUAGAAAGGAAAUUGUGCGACUGUCUGAAAACGAUCGAGUCUUUGUCAAGAUAGUGGAUUUUUCAUCUAUUAAAUCGAUAAAAAAAUGCGCCAAAGAAAUCGCCGAAACCGAACAGUGCGUCGACGUUUUAGUGAAUAAUGCGGGCGCGGGAGGUUUGGCGGAAAAACGCACCAAAGACGGUUUCGACAUUUUAAUGCAAAUUAACUAUUUCGGCCCGGUUUUCUUCACUCUCUUGUUGUUACCACUUUUAAAGAAUUCUUCUAAGGGUCGCAUCAUCAACGUGGCCUCGUCAAUGGCAAAACUAGCAACCCUGGAUCCAGAUGAUCCAAACCAAUAUGCCGGACGGUACACCACUUAUUCCAACAGUAAACUGGGCAACAUUCUAUUUACAGUCAAAUUAGCAGAAAAAUUAAAAGGUAGUGGUAUCUCGGUGUUCUCGCUUCACCCUGGAGCGAUCAAAACCGACAUAUUCAGAAGGGUGAGCGGAUUUCGAAAGGCCUUAUUAAAGUUUGUGGCGUUUUUCACUUUUAAAGAGCCGGAAGAAGGGGCACAAACAAUAAUCUACGCUGCCACAGAACAAAACAUCGAAAAAUACAGCGGAGAGCACUUCGAGGAGUGUAGCGUGGUACCUCCGUAUCCUAAUGCCAUAGAUCCUAUUUUGGCUGAUAAAUUAUGGCUGAAAACGUGCGAAUUGCUUCAGGUUGACUGUGAAAAAAUUUUUGAAUAAAGUACAGGGUUUCCAUCUAAUCUCAUCUUUCCAUUUUAACUGCUUAUAAGUCGAGAACGGAAAAUGACAACAAUGUGCGGUUUUCACAGAACUUCAUCAAUAUUUUUGAAGUUUUUUUUGACAGCGUUGCCAAGUUUCAAAAUUUACCUGAAAUAGGAGGGAAAAAAUUGAUGAUUUUCAAAGGCCGAUUUUUCAAAAAUUUUAAACGUAACACCCUGUACUUCUUAAUUUCACAUGAAAGCCUGUUAAACCCCCUUUUCGAAAAUGUAUAAAUUGUCUUAAAUUCAUUAUUUUUUUUUACAGAGCCAAUUUUAGUAAAUGACACCUUUUUGAAAAUUUUCCUACAAUAAAUACUUAUUAAAUAACAUACUCGGUAUCAAGUGACCACAAUACCAAACAGUUGUAGCUUGUCAAGGAGGCUGUGAGUUGCACAAUUUGUUUUGUGGGCUUAAACUACUGUCAAAUUUUUUUAACGUCAUUCGUUGGGCAGUCCCAAUAAUUUGAUUUCUAUAUGUAUUUUUGAAUUUUUUAAAGAUUUUGAAAGAUUUAAAUAUGUUUACCACCCGGGAAAAGGCACGUUGCGUGUUAUUAUUUAGUGAAUGCAAAUCAGUUACGCAGACGAGAAGAAGAUUUAGGCUGUUUUUUGAAAGGGCUCCGCCUUCUCGCAAUUCUAUACUUCAUUGGGUACGCCAAUUUUCCCAGGAAAGAACAGUUAAAAGAAAAGUUAGAGCAACCGUAAAUGCACAAGAUAAUCUGUUGGAUGGUAUUUUGCUGGUAAAAGAAGUGUUGUCCUUAAACAAUAACCAAAUAUCUAUUAGGAAGAUAGCUCAAACGACAAAUAUGUCAAAAAGUAAAGUACAUAAAAUUCUAAAAAUAAUUAAGUUUAAACCCUACAAAAUUCAAACUUUCCAAAAAAUAAAAAAUCGCGCCCUUGAAAAAAGAUAUUUAAUGUGCGAAACACUACUAGAUCUUUUUAGAAAUGAGCCGGAUACCAAUUUAAUAAUGUUUGAUGAGGCAACAUUUCACAUCAGUGGUCGAGUAAAUAAGCAUAACUGCCGAAUUUGCGGAGAUAAAAAUCCUCGAGUGUAUAACGAAUUUGAAAGAGAUUUUCCUAAGCUGAACGUUUGGUGUGCAGUAUCGAAAUCUAAAAUUUAUGGGCCAUUUUUUUUUCAAGAAGCAACAGUGAAUGGAAACAAUUACACCAGCAAAACGGUGCACCUCUACACUUCUCCAGGGUCGCAAGGGAUUCCUUAGAUAUUACUUUUGGAAACAGAUGGAUAGGGCGAGCAGGUCCAAUCGAGUGGGCACCUUAUUCUCCCGAUCUAAGCAUUCCAGAUUUUUGUAUAUGGGGAUAUGUAAAAGACCGUUGCUACAAUCCAACCCCAAGAAAUUUGGAUGAACUGCGGAACAACAUAGUAAACGUUUUCAACCAAAUUACACCGCGAAUGCUACAAAACGUCCUCGGUAACUUAUUUCUCCGUCUACAUUUGUGUUCCGAGCAAAAUGGGGAUCAUAUUCAGCAGCUAAUUUAUUAGUUAUAAAUUAAAAUUAAUUUCUUCAAUUGUUUGUUGUUAAAAUUGUUGUAAAUUGUAAUUUAAUACAUAGAAUAAAUACUUUUAUAGACAUGGCAAUAGCGCAAAUUAUUUAAUUAUGAUGAUGCUAAAGCGAUACAUAGGCAAUUACCAGAGAAUGUUCAUCAAUCACCGAAUAUGUAUUCUAGGAAAAUUUUCAAAAAGGUGUCAUUUACUAAAAUUGGCUCUGUAAAAAAAAUAAUGAAUUUAAGACAAUUUUACAUUUUCGGAAAGGGGAUUUAACAGGCUUUCAUGUGAAAUUAACAAGUACAGGGUAUUAUAUUUAAAAUUUUUGAGAAAUCGGUCUUUGAAAAUCAUCAUUUUUUUUCCUCCUAUUUCAGGUAAAUUUUAAAACUUGGCAACACUGUCAAAAAAAAACUUUAAAAAUAUUAAUGAAGUUCUGUGAAAACCGCAUAUUGUUUUCAUUUUCCGUUCUCGACUUAUAAGCAGUUAAAAUGUGUCAGGUUAUAGGUGGACACCCUGUAUAUUGAUUUGGAAGCUCUAGUGUAAACUCCCAAAUAAAUAUUUUUUUUUAA